AUGUCUCCUAUGCGUCCUAUCGUGAUCCUGGGCCCAUCGGGCACCGGCAAGUCGACUUUGUUGAAGAAGUUGUUUGCUGAAUAUCCCGGAAAAUUCGGUUUUUCGGUUUCCAACACCACUAGAAAGCCCCGAGAAGGCGAAGUUGAUGGGAAGGACUAUAACUUCACCUCCGUUGAAACUUUCAAGAAGAUGAUUGAUGAGAACGCUUUCAUUGAAUGGGCCCAGUUCAGCGGUAACUACUAUGGUACCUCGAUUGCUGCGGUCAAAGCUGUUGCCGAACAAGGUAAGCAGUGCUUAUUGGAUAUUGAUAUGCAAGGUGUCAAGCUGGUGAAGAAGACUGACUUGAACGCCAGAUUCUUGUUCAUUGCACCUCCUCUGUUAGAUGAAUUAGAAAGCCGGUUGAAAGGUCGUGGUACCGAAACUCCUGAAUCUUUGACGGCUCGUUUAAACGCAGCUUCAGCCGAGAUGGAAUACGCCGACACUGGCGCUCAUGACAAAGUCAUCAUCAAUAACGAUUUGGACAAGGCUUAUGCUGAGUUCAAGGAAUUCAUUCUUGCGGAAUAA